AUUUUCGUAUUUUUCAAAAUUGUACAAUUUGUUUUACACGCGGUACAUUGCAUUGAGUAUACAUGAGCGAAUAUUUCAUAAUCGGCGUUUUUCUUAUUUUCCGUACUGCUUUCAUUUUCAUAAUUACGGGAUUUAUUCUUGGAUACUGUUUGCAUGUGAAAGAUCCGCCAUCAGACAAACGAUUAAGUCCAGAAUCUUCGAAGCGUAAUUCUAAUGAUCAGAAAGCUAGAUCAGUUCGUGAUCCUUCAGUAAAACAAAUCUCGGCUCAGGGAAACUCACCUCCACUUCCUAAAACACCUCCAGUAGAGUUAUUGAAACCUCCGCCAUUUGAACUUCAAAAAGAAUUUAAAAACAGUCAUCGAUCAGUUCGUGAGAAAAGUGGAAAUAAAACCCAUGCGAAAGAGAGUUCUCGACACCGUUACCGUCAGUUUCCACAUUUGGACAACAGUCAUCAGACAGAAUUCAAGAAGUCUCACAGAUCAAUCCGUGAAAAAUCAAACAGAAAAUCAACUGAUUCAUCGACUGAGCUAGGAUCUCCGACAAAUUCUCAAUACUCAACUACUACACGGAAAAGUUCGAAGAAAUCUACAAGAAGUGAUAGGAAAAUGGAAAAGACUCAGAGGAACGAGAAGUCAGAACAUACAGAAGAACAGACAGACAAGACUGAAAAAACUGUAAAGUCGACAGCUUCAAGAAAAGGAUAAAGAAAUAAUGCAAUUAAGAAUUUGAGAAAUGAAUGAAGAUUUGAAAAUUCUUACAAAA